AUGUCUCUCAGCAAAGCAGUCAACAUGGCCAAUCUCUGCCCGCCGCCGUUCUUCGACGCAAGGCUCUAUCCCAACAGUAAAGGAUUCGUCGACGGCCGCCUCUGCCAGAAAAUCGCCGACAGCAUCGAAUGCUGCUUGCCCUGCCCGCUGACUGACUGGGUCUAUCCCGACAGCUUCAACACCAUCGGCAGUGUCGCCAACUGGGUUGCCACUGCCAGCGCGAUAUGCUGCCUGUAUCUCCUCCUGUCGUGGGCCUUCCUGCCUGUCGACAAGACCAACCGUCACUAUCUCAGCAUCUGCCUCACCGCCGGCGUCUUUCUCAUGAACAUGGGCUUCGUCGUGCCCCUCGCCGCACGCCCUGAGCAGUGCUACGACAAGAUCACCCCCCACGGCAUGCAGACGAGCACCGUUUGCGGCGCGUCCGGCGGCCUCCUCAUUCUCGGAGGUUGGUCUGGCGUCAUGUGGGCGUUUUUGCGCUCCCUGUCGCUGCAUCUUCAGAUUUGCUGGCAGGUCACCGUCGGCCGCGACUUCAUGUACUUUGCACAUGCCGCAGGAUGGGGCAUUCCCAUCAUUGGCAUCAUUCUGGCCUUGGUCUUCAGCGGCGUGUCUUUCCGCUUCGGAACCAUCUGCCACAUUAACCACGACAACAGCUUGGCCGACCUUUGGAUUCCCCUGCUCAUUUUCGCCGGCACUACCGUCAUUACGACUUUUGCUACGUUUGGAUACUGCGUCAAGGUGUACUUGGCGUCUCUGGCGGACAGCUCCGCUUCGACUGAGGGAUCUGGCCUGCCGUCCUACUCGAAUAGCAUCCGCACCAUGACCCCAAGACAGGCCUACCGCCGCAUCAAGCGCGUUAUUGCCCUUCAAUGGCGCGGUAUUGCCAUUGUUCUCAUCAUUGUUGCCGACGUCAUCUUCUUUUCCGUUAUCUUCGUCUUUCAGGAUAACGUUGUCGAAUCCGUCACAAGGGACCCCAAGAUCGCAGAGAGUUGGGUGCUUUGCUUGAUCGGCUCCGGGGGCGACAAGAAUAAAUGCUUGAAGGAGGCGAGCAAGUUUGUUGUCAACCAAGCCACCGUGACUGCCGUGCUAUUACUACUCGGCCUCAACGGCGUUUGGCUCGUCUUCCUACUAGGCCGGCGAUCCAUGCUCACCGGCUGGGUCAACCUCUUCAAGAAUCUCAUCGGCCGCGGCGAUGUUAAGAAAAAGGAGUUCGUGUCUGUCGACGCCAGACUCGACGCGAAAUCUGGUACACGUUCGUAUGAGAUGCUCUCGCGAGAAAACAGCACCGUGGUAACACCGGCGUCGGCAGUACAAUACCCGUCCACAGAACGCAAGACGUCGGCGUACUAUGAGCAAAACGCCGCUCGAUACCACGCGCCUUCGCGGUCGUUCUCAGCACCCCGAUCGCCUAUCCCGCGAUCAUGGGACACGCAGCAGACCUUUGCGGGCAACACUCCUCCCGCGCCUAGCUCGCCGCUGCCGCCACCACCGCCGUCUCGGUCCCCGCGAUCGCCGCAACCUGGCUUCGAACUCGGACAAGAACCCGAUAAAUACGGGAGCAUGAACCCGCUCGGCAUGAACCGACUUUAA